CCCAAAGCUCCAUUCAUUGGCCCCUCUGCAUCGGGUCUGCUGGGCAUAGCUUCCGCUCAGCUGCAGAGCUGCCGCCUCGUGGACCACCAGGGGUAGGCGUCACAGGGCUUUGUGUGCCUGGACCAGGGCGGGAUGAGGGUUCUGGUGGUGCUACUGGGGGUCCUGAUUUUCCGGGGGGUGGCUUUGGGGGGCCCUGCUGUCCUCCCUUGGAACAGCACCUCCUGCCACUUGGCCAGGCCCAUCUCCGGCAACCCCUUGGGGUCCUUGAGCUUCUUGGGCAAGGAUGCUCAGGGGCUGGCCCUGUUCCACGCCCACUGGGAUGAGCACGGCAGGCUGCAGGCUUGUAGCCGGCAGGAUGAGUCCGAGCUCACCGAAACCUUUGGUAACCUCUGUGCUGGUGAGAUCACCCGGGGCUCCUUCAUCCACACCCCUGGGUCCAAGCUGCAGAGAGUCCUGGCCACCCUUCAGAGUCAGUGGGAGACCUGCCAAGGGCAUGAGGACAGUCCAGCAGGUACCAGGGAGAAACGAGCAGCAGAGCAGAGUGGAGUACCUGGCACAGGGCACCAUCGGGUGAAGAGAGGCUGGACCAUGCCUGGCACGCUGUGGUGUGGAGUUGGGGACUCCGCUGGGAACUCCUCAGAGCUGGGGGUCUUCCAGGGUCCGGAUCUCUGCUGCCGGGAACAUGACCGCUGCCCACAGACCAUCUCGCCAUUCCAGUACAACUACGGCAUCCGGAAUUACCGAUUCCACACCAUCUCCCACUGUGACUGUGAUGCCAGGUUCCAGCAAUGCCUGCAGAACCAGCGGGACUCCAUCUCUGACAUUGUGGGCGUGGCCUUCUUCAACGUGCUGGAGAUCCCCUGCUUCGUGCUGCAGGAGCAGGAGGCGUGCGUGGCAUGGUUCUGGUGGGGCGGGUGUAGAACACAUGGCUCCAUACUCUUCGCCCGCCUCCAGCCCAGGACCCUCUACAAUGCCUCUUGGAGCUCCCAGGUCAACCCCUUGACUCCCAGCCCCCAGACUCCGGCCCUCACCAAGGCACAACAGAAGAAGCACCUUUGGAAGUGGCUGCCACAGCAGGAAGGGUCUGAGUACCCCAGCAGACCCAAUACCACAGCCCUCCAGGCCCCUGUGGCCUCUACCAGGCCUGAGAGAGCCCCCACAGCUCUGCUGGAGGUCACCCCUCCAGGACUCCGGGAGCUGCAGGAUGACCCAAGACCUCAGGGUGUCCACCGCACCUGCCACAGCUUCCACCUCCUUGACCAGUGCGAGCACCAGAUCAGACCCCAGGAGACCAAGUUCCAGCUGCUCAAUAGCGCCCCUGAACCUCUCUUUCACUGCAACUGCACACGUCGGCUGGCACGCUUCCUGAGGCGUCACCACCUACCAUUGGGCGCCAACGUGCUUUGGGCACGGCUGGGGAUGACCUGCUUUAAACUGGCCCCUCCACUAGACUGUGCUGGGAACAAAGAUUGUUCCAGAGAGCCCAGAGCCAUGAAGGUGACAGCUCGGCACUUACAGCGUCUUCAGCAGAGGCAGCUCCAGCUCCAGAGUCCAGAUGUAAAGCAGGCGAGGCCUUCAGAGCACCCAGGAGCCCCUCUGUCAUUCUCUGACCAGUGCCUGCAGGUGACCCAGGCAGCCCAGAGGUCUGCUGGGCAGCAGAAACCCUGGAACCAGUGACCUCCGUUUCAGCUCUUCUGGGCACCAGCCCGGACUUCCCUGGCUUUGCCAGUCCCUGUGGAUUUCAGCCUCCCACCAUGUGUUAACCCAAAUAUGGUGCAGGUUCUUAUGGACAGCAGGAGUCUGGGAGGGGCUGGCCGAGACCCAGAGGCUGCACUGCGACUCCUGCUGUGCUGGGUGAGCUUAGACUGGUACCAUAAGCUCUCUGUGCUAGAAUGUGGUAUUCAGGAGAUUCACUUUGAUGCCCUGGACUUGGGCCGAGCCAGGGAACUUCAUGUACAGAUGGGAAUGGGGAGAGGCUAAGUUACUGCAGCAGUCCCAGGAGGUGGCACGCAUAUGUUCAUAUUGCAAAAUUAACAUUCUCAAGGAUA